AUGGCCUCGCCUGGUGUUGCCCCCAACGUUCCCAAAAUGAUGUCCGUGUCUGAUCUCCUGAACCCGGUGGACUCUCCAGAAAUGCGAGUGCCGGCCUCGGCUGAUCACCCCGUCGACGCGCCUCAGAUGCCGGCCUCGGCUGGUCUCCUGGUCGACGAGGCCCAAAUUCCGUCUUCGGCUGAACCCUCUGUCGACGGGAUUCAGACACUGGCCUCGGUUCCUCAAAUACCGUCUUCGGCUGAACCCUCUGUCGACGGGAUUCAGACGCUGGCCUCAGCAUUCCGGGGCCUCUUGGAGAUCUACCGAAUCCAGAUACACCCAAUUCUCCCUAUCCUCGGCUCCAAGGCGUUGCAGAGGCUCGAUGAAGUCGGUGACCGCAAUGUGGCUGACAAGGCCCUGGGGCUCGCUGUUUGCCUUGCCGCGUCGACCUCCAUCGGGGCGGCCCAGUUCCUCCACCUAGACGGAUCCGAGACGCCAAUGUCGCUCACCCAGUACUCCACCAGGAUCGUGACUUAUCUAGACUUACUGCUGAGGAGGGCGGACUUUAGUGACCGCAUGCUUGAUCGCAUUCGUGUCUUGGCCCUUGUUUCCUUAUACUGGGAGCCCCCGACCCGGAAUGGACGUCCCGAUCCAGCUGAACUGUUUUCCGUGGCAGUGUCAAAUGCUCAUUCCAUAGGUCUCUACAUUAACAACGUCGACAAUAGUCUCUACUCGCCGGGCCUAGAAGGUGUGGACACAAAUAGUCGGCGCAUGGAGGUCAGUCGUCUGUGGAUAUGCAUGUUUGCAGUGGACCGGUUGAUAGCCUGUCGAACGGGGCGGCUGCCCACGACUUGCGUUCCCCGAUUCAACGACAGUUUGCUCCAAGAGCAGCCCCCUUGCUUCCGCCUGUUUUGGGAGCUCAUCAUCUCCUUCGAGGCUGCUCUCGAUCUACACCGGCUCACGCCGGCGCAACCCGUCCAUGAAGUCCAAAACUACCAAGUUAUCACGCCUUUCCAAAUGAUGGUCGCCAGGCAAGCCGCUGGGGCUGUCCCUAGAAAUUUAUUAGCGACCAUGGAGGUACUACACGUCGCUGUCUCGCUACUUUCACUCCGCUGGACGUGGCUCGACCCGGCCCCGUCAAAGGAUAGACACCCCAAGCCCGACCAUUUUUACUUCCAUCUCCCGGACGAGGUCAUCCACGAACGAAGAUGUACCUCGAUUGACCGACUGAUCCGGAUCGUCCAGGAAUUUCCGUCCCAUCUUAGCCCUAUGCCCUUCAUCCCGUACGCAACUUCGCUCGCACUCAGCGCUGCGUAUCAGACAUGGAGGUUCAGCAAGAUGCCACAACACCGCGGUCGCGCCUGCCUCAGUUUCAGUUUCAUUGCAGGAAAGUUAGCAAUAUGGGCUCCGGUUUCCACAGAUGCCGCAAUUAGCUGGGAUGUUACCCGACAGCUGGGCCUUGUCUUACAAAAUGCUGUCGCCAAUGUGAAGCGACAAAGGGAGCGAGGAGCCUCGACUCGCGCAUUGUUAGCCAAAGAUCAAAAGACCAAGUACCACGUCAUAUUCACCUUUGGGGACUCGUAUGAUGCCGAAAAGGCCAAAGAAGACCUGCUUUCGAAGGGGCACUUGAGCAAAAUACCACGCCCGUGUGUGAAGAGAUUCGCGGGGAAUCUCCCGGCUGCCGGGAGCGAACAGAACCAGAAUGCGGAGGUCAUGGCCUACCGUAUCCUGAUUUAUCCCGAAGACAUCGAAGACGAAGCCCGGCGAUUCCGGCAGGCCAUGGAUGCGGCAUCGGGCCGUCAGCCCGACAAACCCACGCCCAACGACCCGGCCGACCCCUCAUAUCCCGACACGACCCAGGUUGAGAACAUUAGGGAACUUGAUGUGUUCCAGUUCAUUAACGAAGAUGUCAACCUCGGUGGAUUCGACGCCUUUUUCGAGAACAACCUCAACCCCUCGUCGCCUGGGAUUCGGCUGGGACGGCUGAGCGUGCUCCAAAAGAUCGACGGGGUUCACGUAAUCCCCAAUUUGCCAGCGGCGAGCAGCAAGGAGGCGACGAGUAGCAAGGAGACGACGGACACCAAGGGGCCGGUGCUCAAUAGGGCGACAACAAACAACCCCAAAAAGGUCGCCUCGCAAAAGAAGAAGAACAAGAAAAAGGGGAACAGCCAGAAAAAGCCUGGCGUUAAGACUGAAGAGGAAGUACCCGACGGAACGGAAGUACCCGACGGAGCGGAAGUGCCCGACGGAGCGGAAGUGCCCGACGGAGCGGAAGUGCCUGACGGAGAGGAAGUGCCCAAGACUGGAGACCAGUUUGUAGCAGAGCAGUUGAUUGAUGAACUAGCAACGGUUUUCGGAAUAUAA